AUGAAACUGGUCGUAUCCAUGCUCAGUGGAAGGGAGGUGCAUGUGGAAGUUGAAGAUGCCGCAACCGUCAGACAGUUGCUGAGCCGAGCUCAAGAUGAAUUUGGUUUUCUGCUGUCCGGCAUUGUCCAUUCCAACGAAGAGCUACAUGAAAGCCGCACGCUCGAGCAAGCGGGCUUGAAGGACGGGGAUAUCGUGACAGCCGUGGCCAGGACGGAUGAAAUUGCCCGGUCCUGUACAGGUUUUGCCCUUCUGCGCGCCGAUGGCUUCGUCGUGUGCUGGGGCAGAUUUCUUGAAAGCCCUCCUUCCCCGACAAUAGGUGACGUAGAGCUGAUCUUCGCGGAAUGGUGUGACUUCUGUGCGAUCUGCAGGAACGGAUCUGUUCAAACUUGGGGCGAGUCGAAGCCCCCGCCCAGCAAUGUCCAGCAACAGCUCGCGAAUGCACAGAUGGUGGACUUCUCGAUGUUCGCAUUUGCAGCCACUCUGACCGACGGCUCGGUGGUGACUUGGGGUGAAGCAGACUAUGGCGGUGACUGCAGCCACGUUAAGGACCAGCUCAAAAACGUGCAGCUGAUUUGGGCGAGUGACUCUGCCUUUGCCGCGCACCGGGCAGACGGGUCGGUAGUCACAUGGGGAGAUCCGCAUGCUGGCGGUGACAGCAGCACUGUGCAGGACAAACUCAGGAAUGUCCAAGCAAUGCACUGCACUUGCAGGGCGUUCGUUGCGAUCUGCGCAGAUGGCUCUGCCGUAGCUUGGGGAGACCCAAACUAUGGUGGGGACAGCAGCCGCGUCCAGGAGCAGCUCAAGGACGUACGAUGUGUCCAAGGAUCUGAAACCGCUUUCGCUGCUAUUCUGAAAUCUGGGGGUGUGGUGACUUGGGGCGACCCCGCUGGCGGCGGCGACAGCAGCGCCGUGCAACAUCAGCUGCACGGCGUGCAGGAAAUAUCAGGCACCAGGAGCUCGUUUGCAGCCAUCUUGUCCAACGGCUCGGUCGUGGCGUGGGGCAGCGCAGAUGCUGGUGGCGACACCAGUUCGGUGCGGCAGCAGCUUCAGGAUGUCCGUGCCAUUCAGCGCAGCGACCGGGCCUUUGCGGCCAUCCUCCGUGACGGGUCUGUGGUGACCUGGGGAGAUCCUGAGAACGGAGGCGACAGUAGCAAAGUGCAGGCCGCGUUGAAGAACGUGAGCGAGAUUCAGGCGAACGGCUUUGCUUUCGCAGCCAUCCUCCAGGAUGGCUCCGUGGUGACUUGGGGCGACGCUUGUGCCGGAGGCGACAGUAGCGCCGUGCAGGGGGACCUCUUCCACGUCCUGGCGAUACAGUACACAGACCGUGCCUUCGCAGCGUUGCGAGAGGAUGGGGCCGUGGUCACCUGGGGCGACGCUGCGUUUGGCGGCGACAGUAGCCUGGUAAGGGAGCAUCUGGGGCCUGUUCGACGGAGGGGCGUGAAACGCCGCCGCAUGCAGGAGGACACCUGA